CAAUUGUUUCAUUAAUUAAUUGAAAUUUAAAGAAAAAGAAAAGAGAAUUAUGGUCCACUUCGUGCAACUUCGCCAAUUUGAAUCUCUUUAUCCAAAUCCUAUAUAUAAAGAGCAAACAUCCUAUCCCUUCGUAGAAACCAAGACGCUCAGAACAACUCUCCAAUUCAUCUUGACUUCUGGAUUUCUCUCAUCUUCUUGACCAGAAAAUCUCGAUCUUGCUUCAUACUUCAUUCACAUAUGGAAUUGAUCCCAGGUCUACCCGACGACAUAGCCCGAGAAUGCUUGAUCCGGGUCCCCUACGCCGGAUUCUCUGCCGUCGCGUCCACGUGCAAGGGAUGGAAGGUCGAGAUCGAACUUACGCAGUUCCGGUCGCAUCGCAGAUCCGCGGGCCACAGCCAAACGAUCUUCGUCAUGGCUCAAGCCGUGCUCGACCCGGCCCGGAGCAUCGGAUUCGCGAAGGUUUGCCAUGUCCCGGUUUACCGCCUGACCACUUUCGAGCCGGUUUCGGGUUCUUGGAGCGAGCUGCCGCCCCCUCCUGAGUUCUCUGGGGGCUUCCCCAUGUUUUGCCAGUUGGCCGCCGCCGGAUCGGAUCUUGUUGUGAUUGGCGGGCUUGACCCGGUUUCGUGGGAGGCCUCGAGUUCGGUGUACAUCUACAGCUUUAUAACUGCCACGUGGCGGCGCGGGGCCGACGUGCCGGGCGUACGGCGCUCGUUCUUCGGCUGCGCGUCAGACGGUGACUGCAUGGUGUUCGUCGCCGGAGGCCAUGACAACGAGAAGAAGGCGCUGAGGUCCGCAGUGCUGUAUCACGUGGAAAGAGAUGAGUGGGCGGCUUUGCCCGACAUGGCGAGGGAGCGCGACGAGUGCAAGGGGAUCUUCCAUGGCGGCAAGUUCCACGUCAUCGGCGGGUAUGGCACCGAGAUGCAAGGGAAGUUCGAGAAGAGCUGCGAGUCGUUCGACCCCGCGACGUGGCAGUGGAGCCCAGUGCGAGAGGACGCGUUGAUGGCGAGCACGUGCCCGAGGACCUGCGUGGACGGCGACGCGGACGAUCACUUGUACAUGUGUAAGGAUGGCGACGUGUUGGCCCUUGCUGGAACCACGUGGCGAGUCGAGGCUAAAAUACCAGGUGACGUGUACAAUCCUAGUCAUGUGACAAAGUGGCAAGGGAAGUUACUGGUGAUUGGGUCUCCCAGAGUCGGUGGGCCCCAAAAGGCUUACGUGUUGGACUUGAGUACGUGUACUUGGACAAACGUGGAGUCGCCGGAAAAGUUUUCCGGUCAUGUUCAAGUUGGCUGUUGUGUGGAGAUUUAGGAGGGACAAGACUGAGAAAUAAAGCUCGUUGUGUACAGAUUAAAAAAUGCCACCAUUCUAAAA